AUGCGUUCCAGGCUGGAACGCAUCGGCUCUUUCAGGACUUCCUGGUUUGUGGCUGCGUUCCAGCCUGGAAGGCACGGACGUGCCGCGAUCCUUACAGUUAGCAGAAUCCAAUCCAAUGCUACCGGCAGCUGCAAAGUUUCAGCUAUGAUUACUAAAGUGACCUUUGAAGAAACAGAAGCAUCAGAUUCUUACUACAAAGCAGGCCUGAGAUACAGGGGAAGGGUAAAAUUAUCAAGUGCUGAUGGAUCAGCAAUGAAAUCUCAGACAUUGUAUGUGACAGAGGAAUAUGAUACUGUGAUAAAGGAACGUGUGUAUGAGACAGAUGAGAAGGGGGAAGUGAGUUUCACAUUGGACACAACACCAUGGAGUGGACAUACAGUUUAUCUGAAAGCUUCGUAUCAGAAGAAAAAGCCAGAGCGGGUCUUUGGGAUACUCAAUCCUUACUCUGCUGAUGCACAUAAGACCUUGAGUCCAUUUAAUUCUGCCACUAACAGCUUCAUAAAGGUCCAACCACUGGACCAUGACCUAACAUGUGACCAAGAGCAUCCAAUUGAGAUUGACUACCUCAUGAGGAGCAGCGAGAUGAUAACCCAAGAGGAUACUUUGGAUCUCCAUUAUCUGGUUGUGGCACUGGGAAACCUUGUGCUAUAUGGAGUGAAGAAGAUCAGCACUAACAGAAACUCUGUAAUGAUGGGCACCAUCGAGGUCCUUUUUCCAGUCACUGUUAAUCUUGCUCCCCGGGCACACAUCCUUGCAUAUGUAUUACUUGGCAAUGGACAAAUAGUAGCUGACACUGAAAUGUUCGGAGUCUCCAAAUGCUUUAAUAAUAAGGUGACUUUGGAAUUUGCAGACAAACAGAUUUCCCCAGGCUCACAAAGUACACUACAUAUAAAUGCACAGCCUGGGUCUUUGUGUUCAGUCAGGUCAGUGGAUGAAGGUGUCCUGCUUCUAAGACCUGAAUCUGAUAUCUCCAGUGAUGUGGUGUACAGUCUCCUGGCACAGAAAAGGCGGUACGGCUACCCUUAUCGUGUACGGGAGGAUAAUCCUAUAUGCAUGCACCAGGCCAUAUUCAGCACAUUCCUGGGCUCCUGAUGUGUUCACACUCAUCCAGUCUAUGGGAGUAAAGUUUCUUACAAACACCCAGGUGAGGAAACCUGUUGUAUGUCCCCAUUAUCCACAAGUCGCAGCCUUGUCACAAAAUGGAGCUCCUC